CGCCUCCCGUACCGAGAAAGGGGCGGGGACAGAAAGGUCACGGAAGAGUUGCAUGGUGGGUAAACACGUGUGGCAGCAGAGCAGAGAGGUAUCAGUGAGGAUUGUGUUUAUUUCUGUUUUUAAAAGUUAUUUCAAGGUGACACUUCAAGUUUGCCACCAUGUCGUCCAAAAAGAACCAGGAGGGCGAUGAACGCUUCCUCCGGGUGCAGAGAGAUCCCAGAUUCUGGGAAAUGCCCGAGAAAGAGCGCAAAAUCAAGAUCGACAAACGUUUCCAGUCCAUGUUUCACGACAAGCGCUUCAAGGUGAAGUACACGGUGGACAAGCGAGGCCGUCCCAUCAACCACACCUCCACAGAGGACCUGAAGCGCUUCUACAAAGUCUCUGACUCCGAGGACGAAGAAGACGAGGAGGACGUAAAGAGCAAGAAGGAGGCGGAGGGCAAGAAAAAGAAAAAAGUGAAGGAGAAGCUGGUGAAGGCUGAUGGAGAGGCGAAGAAAGGAAAAGCAGCACAAAGCAGAGAUGGGAAAGCUAAAGUGGAGCAGCCUGAACGAGGGGUCAGAGUUAUUGAAGAGGAUGAUGAGGAGCAGCAAUCUGCAGAGGAGGAGGAUGCCGACCUGGGAGACAGUGUCACAGACGGCAGUGAGGAGGAUGAAGAUGAUGAGGAAGGCGAAGACGAUGAUGAUGAUGAUGAUGAUGAUGAUGAUGCAGAGGAGGAGAGUGAUGUAGCAAGCGGAUCAGAUGAGGAGGAGUCCGGUCAAGAUUCAGAGGAGGACAGUGAAAGUGAGCCGGAUCUGGCCAGAGGGAAGGGAAACAUAGAGACCAGCUCAGAUGAAGACGAUGAAGACGAGGUGGAUAUCAUCCUGAGGAACGAGGAAGAGGAGAUUGAACACGACUGGGGAGAGCUGUGCAAAGACGCCCCAAGAAGUGACGAGAUUUCUGCCCGACUGGCCGUCUGCAACAUGGACUGGGACCGGUUGAAAGCCAAAGACCUGCUGGCUCUGUUGAACUCCUUCGUGCCUAAAGGAGGAGCUGUGCUGUCUGUUAAGGUCUACCCAUCAGAGUUUGGGAAGGAAAGGUUAAAGGUGGAGGAGACUCAGGGACCACUGGAGCUGAGAGCUCUGCCCGAUGACUCAGACGAAGACACUGAGGAGGAGAGGGUUUACCGAGAGAAGAUGCGUGACUACCAGUUCAAGCGGCUGAAGUAUUUCUACGCUGUAGUGGAGUGUGAUUCAGUCGACACGGCUGCCAAAAUCUACCAAGAGUGUGACGGCUACGAGUACGAGAGCAGCUGCUCGAUGCUGGACCUCCGAUUUAUUCCUGAUGACGUUAAGUUUGAUGAAGAGCCCAGAGAUGUGGCGACAGAUGUGAACCUCUCGGCCUACACGCCCAAACUGUUCACCUCCUCUGCCACAACAACAUCAAAGGUGGAGCUGACAUGGGAUGAGACGGACCACGACCGUGUGACUGCUCUGAACAGGAAGUUCAACAAGGAAGAACUGCUGGACAUGGACUUCAAUGCAUACCUGGCCUCCUCCAGCGAAGAAGAAGAGGAUGAUGAAGAUGGAGGGUUCAUGUUUGGAGAGGAGGAGAAUGGAGACAGCACAGCAGGAGCUAAACAGACAGAAGAGCCUAUCGUGGAGGUCGAGAAGAAACCCCAGAAGGAAGAAGAGAAGAAGAAGAAAAGUAAGGCACAGAUCUCAAAGUACAGAGAGCUGCUGAAAGGCAUCCAGAGCAAAGAGAAGAAGCUGCAGGAAGACAAAAACAUGGAGAUGGAGAUCACCUGGGUGCCAGGGCUGAAGGAGACGACGGAGCAGCUGGUUAAGAAGAAGUUGGAAGGGAAGGACAACCUGACGCCGUGGGAGGAGUUCUUAGAGAAGAAGAAAGACAGGAAGAAGCAGAAGAAGUCUCAAAGAAAACAGGGAGAAAAUGAAGACGAGCUCAGCGAGGACGAACUUCCUUCAGACGUCGAUCUCAGCGACCCGUUCUUUGCAGAGGAGCUCGCUGCUACAGACAUGAAGAAGAAACAGAAGGGCAAGAAGAAGACUAAGCAGGAGGAAGAGGAGCGGACAGCUGAGGAGGAAGAGGAGCUGGAGAAACAAAAGGCGGAGAUGGCUCUGCUGAUGGAGGAUGACGGCGACGAGGCCAAACACAAACACUUCAACUACGACAAGAUCGUGGAGCAGCAGAACCUGAGCAAAAAGAAGAAGAAGAAGCUGCUGAAGAAGGGGGAGGAGUCUCUGGAGGACGACUUCCAGGUGGAUGUUAAAGACCCUCGUUUCCAGGCUAUGUUCACCUCCCACCUGUUCAAUCUGGAUCCGUCGCACCCCAGCUACAAGAAGACUAAAGCCACGCAGAGCAUCCUGACCGAGAAGCAGCGCAGACGAGAAGAGGAGCAGCGACGGGUGGAGGACACAUUCAGCGCUCAGCAGGUCUCGCCGUCACAAGGGGAGGCAGCGGCCAGUAAACCGGAAGUGGCAGGAAAGAAACGGGAAAAUGACUCCGACACUCAAACAGCUGAGACCACCUCGAAGAAAUCGAUGGACCCCAGUCUGUCUCUGCUCGUCAAGUCGAUUAAAAGCAAAACAGAGCAGUUUCAGGCUCGGAAGAAACAGAAGUUCAUGUAGGUUUGACUCAACUUUUCUACCACAGACUGAAAAUGACUGAGACACUUGAUCUGCUCAGUGUCUCCUCGUGAUGACGCAGGAUCUGGACUGCUGUGUCUCUUUUUUUAUGUGUUUAGUAUGAAAAAAUGCCAACAGAUGAGGAAUGAAACACAUUUUAAGUAAAAACUGAAUCCUGCUGCCUCACAUCAUGUUGAAAUGUUUUAUUUCUGCACAUAAGAAAUCAGUGUUGUAACAGUUCACUCUUAUAAACUCUACAGUUAUUUAAAAGUCAUAGUUUCAGAUGAUAGCGGUGACAGGUUGGGCCUCAUGCAAGAGCAGAUUUGUUCAGAGAUCAGAGGCAAAUCAGUGCUCGCUCUGCACUUGAUCGCUACUUCUGAACUGUUGAAAGACGUGAUCCAAGAGCUCACUGAUGGCUCGUAGACAAACUCGCAAAAUAUGAGCAGGGAGCUAUAUG